UUUUAGUUAUUUGAUAGUCACAAAUAGAAACAAAAAAAACACGUAAUAUUGUUAAUUUAAAUAAAAAAGUCAAAUAAGUUUAAAUGUCGGAUACAAUCGGUAAUUUCCGACUUAUCGUGAGCCAUUUUUUUAGCAAACAAUAAUAAUAAUAAUAAUAAAAAGUGUAGUGUAUAACGCAGUAAGAUAUGUUGCUGUGAAUUUUGCCAGAUGACAUAGAUGAGAAAAUGGUUUCAACGCGGGGUCCAAAAUUCAAAUUCUGUGAUGGUGAAAAAGUUCUUUGCUAUGAACCUGACCCAACAAAAGCCAAAGUUCUUUAUGACUCGAAGGUUUUAGAUGUAAUUGUAAAUAAAGAUCAACGUGGCCGAAAAGCAGUUGAAUAUUUAAUUCACUUCCAGGGAUGGAAUUCAUCUUGGGAUCGGUGUGUAACAGAAGAAUACGUUCUAAAAGAUACAGAGGAAAACAGACAGUUGCAACGGGAUCUUGCUCAGAAAGCACAGUUACAACUAGGAGCAUAUUUAUAUCGUCGAGAACGAAAAAAUCGUACUCACAGGCUGGCUGAUCGACUAUCCGGUACUGGCAUCGAGUCACGUCGACGUGCUAGAAGCGGUGGAAGUCGUGCCACUUCUGGCACUACCUCUGAAGAUGGUAGCUCAGGCCAACAAGACGAUUAUGAUACCGAAGAAGUUAUCACUGAGGAAGACUCUGAGACCAGUUCUAAUUUUGGAGGAGAGUCUAGUGAAGACGAGGAUAGUGGUGGUGGAGGAAGCCAUCAGUCUAGUGGCAGUAUGAAACCUGGUAUUGAUCUUGACAUUGGUAGCACUUUAAGAAGAAUUUUGGAGCAAGAUUAUGAAUUAAUAAAUCAUAAAAAUAAAUUAGCUGUUUUACCAGCACAGCCAACUGUUUGUAGUAUUCUUGAAUCUUGGGUCCAGCAUUUUACAACAACACAGCUUACUAACAUUCCUGAAAAACCUCAAAGAAAUAAUAGAUCUAGUAAUACUAUUGAAAAGACUGUUAAUGAAAUAAAUAUUUGCCGAGAAGUUGCUGAUGGCUUGAGAAUAUAUUUUGAUUUUACAUUGCCAGAUUUAUUACUUUAUAGAACAGAAAGAGAGCAGUACAAUGCAUUUAAAUCAUCAUUUUUACUUGGUGAACAUCCAAUAGAUAUAAAAGAAGAAAUAAUUGAAUCACCAGAAGUUACUGUCAAAGAGGAGCUUGAAGAUUCUGAGUAUGCACAUUUACCUCCCUUUAGAGAGCUAGAUGCUGAAGUCGAGCAGCCAACCAAGCCUGUCUCGUCAGUCAAAAGAAAACUGAGGUCCUCCCGUGUUAGCUCUGUUGAUGAUUCCAGACAACUCAGGUCGUUUGAUGAAGUCAAACAAGAGGCUGGAAAUGUAUCUAGUAUCGCUAGCACUAGUUCCAGGUGCUCUAGUCCUCGAGGAGCUACUUCAAGGUAUCCUCUAAUACCUCCAGCACAGAUUGUUGCGUUGCUUGAUGAAGCCAAUAAGUGGAGACUCAUACCAGAAUCUACUAAAAAUGAUGGGACACCGAGUCCUUCGACGUACUUUGGAGCUAUUCAUCUUGCUCGUUUGUUUGUUAAACUUCCAGAUUUGUUACAAAAUACAGACAUGCCUGAAAAAAAAUUAAAAGUGUUAUUAAAAUAUAUUGAUAUGUUUCUAAGUUAUUUGGAACCACAUAGAGAAUGGUUCGGUGAACAAUUUUACAUGCAAACAGACAGUCAGUCACAAUGAGCCGAGUUCAAAGGUUACUUUCAAACUACUUGAGCCAAAAAAAAAGUAAAUAAAAUAGAUUUUUUUUUUGAUGACUUUGCUAUUAUGAAAAUCACAUGACUCGUAAAAUAAUAAUUUUUAAUUAAUGGUAUUUUUUUUUAUCUUAGCAUUUAUAGUUUAUAAUUAAAUGAAAAUGUAUGUUGUGUACUAAACAUGUAAAGUAUAUGGUUAAUAAUGCAAAAUAAUUUUUCAGUAUGACAUUUGAAGGCCACAAAUUUACAUAGCAUUAAAAUUUCAUAUUAUUUGUUUAAAUUUUUUAUUUAUCCCGUAAUUUUCGUACAAAUUUAUUAUUAUAUAUUACUAUAAUCCCAUAAACAUUUUAUAUUAAUGCUACAUUUUUAUUUGUACUCAUUUUACGAUUGCAAAAACAUUCAUUAUCACAAAAUCACACAAUAUUACAAUUAAUAUUUAAACAUUCAUCCAUACAUUUUUAUAUUGAGUUAAUUAUAAGAUAUACAUUUAUAAAUAACAAAAACAAAACACUUAGC